AUGUUAGUAAUUGUAUUUAUAUUUUUAAGUACAAGCUUAUAUAUAUUUAACAAUGCAUUAUGUAAUUUUAUUGUCCAUCCAUCUUUAGCUGAUAUAUUUAUUGAAAAUGUAAGAGAAAAUAUAUUUAUUUCACCUACAAAAGUAACAAGUAAAAAAUUGACAACCCCAUAUUGUUCCAGUGAUGAUGAUAGUUCAUGUCAUAAUAUAAAUACAUGGGAAUAUCCAUUCUCUCAAAAUGGAGAGUAUAUUUUAGAAAAUUACAGUGAUGAAAAGGUUGCAUAUAUGCAUACCACCCCAUUUUAUAAUAGCAUACUAAAUGAUGAAAUUGGUAUUGAUAUUGAUUUAGAAAUUGAAAAAGAAGAACAAAAAGAACAUAAAAAGGAAAAAGAAAUAUUAGAUAAUAAAAAUGAUAAUAAUAUAUUUUAUAGUUCUAUUAAUUUUAUACUAGAUAAUGUUUCUAUUUUUUUUAAUCAAAUAAAUAAAAAUAAAACAAGCACUUAUAAUCAACUAUUAUAUCCAUCCGAUUUUAUAGAUAUGAAUAAGACAUAUAUAUUGAGCAAAUCAAAUCAAAUAAAUAAAAAUAAUAAACAAAAAAUUAAAGGAUCCUGUUUAGGAGAACAUAUAGAUGAUCUUAAAACUUAUUCAUUUAUCGAACCUUUAUCUUUAGCAAUUGAUGAAAUAGAUUUUAAUAGUUUUUUUGAAAAUAUAUGGAAUGAAAAUCGAUUUAAUUAUAUAUUUUUAAAGGAAGAUAAAAAAAAUGAAAAUAUAAAUAAUAUUAUUAAUGAUCAAAAUAAUUAUCUUAUAAAUAAUUAUGAGAAUAUGAAAAAAGAAGGGGAAAUAGAUAACUUGACAAAUUAUAAUUUGGAUACACAAGCAAAUAUGACCUAUCGUAAAAAUCAUAUAAAGGAAAACAUUUUAGAAAAUAGUAUAUAUAGUAAUAUAUAUACUGAUGAUGAAAUAGAAUAUUUUUAUAGACAUAGUAAUCCUGAAAUUUUUUGGAAAAUAAAUAAUGCCACUACUGGUACUAGCGAUAGUAAUAAACCAAAUGAAUAUCCCAAAAGUUUUGAUUUAAACUUUUAUAUUAGCAAAGUUUUAAAGCAACAUCAUAUAAUUGAAGAAACCGAUUUUGAACAAGUUCUUAUGAAUAAUAAAAAAGUAAAUAUUGGAAUAUGUGUGAAAGAAAAAAAAAAAAAAAAAAAAAAAUUUGUUCAGCUUUUUAAAAAUAAUUUAAAAAAUGCUAGAUUAAAAAAGUUUAUAGAUAGAAAAAAAUUAAAAAAAUACAUAUAUGGAAAAAGAAAAUCAAAAAAAAGAGAAAGAGAAUAUACAUGUGUUUUUUUUAAAUCUAUGGAAAAAUUUGAAUUAAUAUUUUAUGGAAAUAAGAAUGGAGAAAAAAAAAGUUUAAAAUUUUCUGACCAAACAUUAUAUAAAGAAUGGAAAGAUAAAAAUUUAAAUAAAUCAAAAUUAUCUAUGCUUUCAACAAAUAUUUUAAAUAAUUUAAAUAAUUAUGAUUAUCAAUAUAAUAAAUAUAUAUACAAAUUACAUACAGAUUUUACUGGUGUGUGUAAAAUGGUGGCUCCUAUAAAUAUGUAUAAAAAUAAAAUGUUCUUAAAUGUUCUUUUUAAUAUAAAUAUUUGUUACAAUAGUGAUUAUAUUUCAAAGGAUAUUUAUUUUGAUGUGAAAGCAAAAGAAGACAUUAUUUUGGGUGGUGUUUGGAGUUAUGGUAAUCCCAAAAGGGUAAGGAAUGUUAUCAAUAUGGGAGAAAAAAAUGAAAAUAAGAAUGAACACAUUUAUAGGGAUGAUCGAAUUGGUGGGAGCAACCUCACUGAGUCAGUAGCAAAUAGCAGUAACAAUGAUUAUGUCAACAAAUUUAAUGACUUAAAUAGGAAUAGAAAAGAAAAAAGUAGAAUUUAUAUCAUGGAGAAAGUGUUAAAUCCUAAUGUUGAUCCUUCUAAGCGAUUUAAAAGAAUGAAAAAAUUAAAUUUGUAUAAAAAUAAAUUAGAUGAAAAAGUUGAUGAAAAAUUAGAGCGUAGUUAUAUAAUAAAAAGUAUUUCAGAAAAUAACAAUGGGAUAUUAUUAUUGUCAAAAAAAGGAUUUUUAAAAUUUAAAACACCAAUAGUAUUGAGUGAAUUAUAUAUUGAGAUUCAUCAAAAUCCUCUAUACAAUUUAAUUUGUAAAAAUGAAAACAUAGCAAAGUUACAAAGUAGUUUCUCUUCAAACGCUAACAAAGAGGAAGUUAAACCAGAAUGUAAAUAUAAAAAUGUGGAAUAUGUUUACUUAUUUUUUAAUUUUUACCUUAAUGAUAAUAAUAAGUUUAGUAUAAAAAUUGAUGUGAAUAUAGAUGACUUGAAAAGAGAUGACAAUAAUAGUACUCCAGUUUUGUAUUUAAAUGUUUUAAAUUAUUUAAAAAAUAAUAUUCACCAAUAUAGAAUAAAUAGAAUAGAAAUAGAAUAUUCUUUUUAUCCAAUUUUACAAAAAAAUGCAUUUUUUGAUCAUAUAAAUUUACCAUUUUAUAUAUCCUUAAAUAAUAUAAUAAUAAAUAAAAGUGAAAAAAUAUAUAAUUAUGUUCCUAUUUUUUAUACAGCUAAAGAUAAUUUUUUAAAAAUGCUAAGAAGUUUUAAAAGUUAUCAAAUGAAAUCAAAUCAGGAUAUAUAUAAAAGUGGAAAAAUAAGUGGGUUAAAUAAUAAUGCAUGUGAAGAUAAUAUAGGAAGUGAACAAAAUGAAUGGAUUGACAUUUUUAACAGUUUAAUGAAUAAUGAAGAAGAUGAUUUAGAUGAUGACGAUGAAGAUUAUAUUUUUUCUGAUGUUUCAAAUCGAGGUAAUUCAACAAAUAUUAAAGAUGAUAAUGAGAUUGGAAAAAAUAGACAAAACAAUACUUACCAAGAUUAUCCAUAUUUUGAAUUAGCAGAAAAAGAUGGUAGAAACAGGUCACAAAUUUUUAACUCAUUUUCUAUAUUUACAUCUUUAAAUGAAAAAAUAUUUUAUCGUCACGUAACAAAAUAUACAUGCACAAAUAGUGUGUGUAUUUCAUUGGAGAAUGACCAUUUAAAAUAUAAUUUUUAUAAAAAUAAUGGUACUUCAUAUGAUCAUGGUAAAAAAAAUAGACGAUCAACUGGUCGUGGAAAUGCCAAAUUAGAGCUCGAUGACAAGAUUGAAAUUCUUCCUUCAUUCGAAAUAAAUAACAAUAUUGUAACUGAUAAAAUGCAAAAAGAAUAUUUCGAUUCAUUAAGAAAAGAAUUGGAACAUUAUGAGUUAAAUAAUGUAGAAAAUAUUGUUGCAUAUAAUAUGAAAAAAUUAUAUUUCUAUGAAUAUAUAGAUAAAAAAUAUAUUAUUCCACCUUAUAUUAAAGGUAUAAUAAUUAAUUAUGAAAAAAAAAAUGCAAAUUUUAUAUAUGACUUAUAUAGUAAUUUAUUAUAUAUUAUUCAACCAUAUGUUGAAAAAAAUUAUUAUGAUACAAGAACAAUUUUUGAUACAAUAUAUAUUUAUACUGCUCUUAUUCCAAUUGAAAGUGAUUUAUAUAAUUUUAAUUUUUUGUCUGAAAAUAAUUUAACACUAAAACAAAUGCAAAGUCAAAAUACACAAACCAUAUUUAAAAAUGUAAUACCACUUACAAAAUAUGAAGAUUAUUAUACUCCAUAUAUUAAUCAACCAAAUAUAAUUAAAAUAAAAAUUAUGGAUUUAAAUUUAAAUGAUAUUACUGAGCAAUAUGUGGAACUAACUCAAGGGGAAGGAUACCAAAAAAUAAUGUCGAUUUGA